GAGAAAUACCUUGUUCACGUCCCGAAUUCUGGGUAUAUAAGUGCCGGUGAAGCGUUGGAGUGCCAGAGGUGACACCGCACUCACUCGAAACAUACACUAAGCUACAACUCGACAUGAAGGCUGCCGUGGUUCUCCUAUUGUGCGUGGGCGUGGGCGUGUUUGCCCGUCCGCAGGAGGUCGUAGAAGACGUCCCCGAGGAAGAAACUCCUGUCGAAGUAGAAGAAGAAGAAGCACCUACUGCCGCCCACGUCCCCAUCCUGGUGGAUAUCAGAGAACCUAUUGCGAACGGCGCCUACUCCUUCAGGAUCGAGCAGGGUGAUGGAAUCUCGCGGUCGGAAAGUGCGGCUGCGACUGGGCCCCUGGGAGAGAUGGAGACCGUGGGAGAAUACACCUUCACCCACCCCGACGGCACUCUCCACCACCUGAGAUACACAGCUGGCAUUGGUGGUUUCCUGCCCGAGUCUGAUAUGCUGCCAACGCCUCAUCCUCUUGAACCGUGGCACCUCGAACAGAUCGCGUUCGCAGAAGAGCAGAAGCGACUGCAGGCGGAGAACGGAGGAGAGAACGGCGAGGAGGAGAACGGAGGAGAGAACGGCGGGGAGGAGAACGGAGGAGAGAACGGCGAGGCGAACGCAGAGGAGGCGUGAUGAGAGCGGUCACCACGAAACGAUUUAGUUUUUAAGUUAUUAUUGUGUUGUUUUUGUUCAGUAUUUCCUCACUAUUGUUAAUAAUGUUUCAUGUUUUGUUUAAGUGUAAUAAAGUCAUGACUUAAAAAAAAAAAAAAAA